GAUAGUAUAAAUAUGCGAAGCUAAUCGGGUUUUUAGGGUUUUUGUGUCAUCAGAAUCAAUCUUUGUGAUUUUCUUCUGCUCAUCUCUAUCGCCAUGACUGCUCAGACUAAGGAAGAGCUUCUCGCCGCUCAGCUUGAGGAGCAAAAGAUUAAUGCUGAUGAACCUGUAAUUGAGGAUGACGACGACGACGAAGAUGAUGACGAAGAUGAUGACAAGGAUGAGGAUGAUGUUGAAGGACAUGGAGAGGCCAGUGGUAGGUCUAAGCAAAGCAGAAGUGAGAAAAAGAGUCGUAAAGCAAUGCUGAAGCUUGGAAUGAAGCCUAUCCCUGGUGUCAGCCGUGUCACAGUCAAGAAGAGCAAAAAUAUUCUUUUUGUCAUUUCGAAACCAGAUGUUUUCAAGAGUCCCACUUCCGAUACCUACAUUGUUUUUGGCGAAGCGAAGAUUGAAGAUUUGAGCUCCCAGCUACAGACCCAAGCUGCGGAGCAGUUUAAGGCUCCUAAUUUGAGUAACUUGACAUCAAAGCCCGAACCAUCAACCGUGGUUCAAGAUGAUGAAGAAGUCGAUGAGACUGGGGUUGAACCCAAGGACAUUGAACUGGUGAUGACUCAAGCUGGUGUAUCAAGACCAAAGGCCGUGAAAGCACUCAAAGCAACUGAGGGUGAUAUCGUAUCGGCUAUAAUGGAACUUACAAAUUAACAUGAAGUAUUAUGAGGAUGUUUUUAAUAGGGAGUGUUGGAAUCUUUUUGCCUUGCUUUCCCAUAUGUUUUUACCUGCAGAAUUUGAAGUUGAGAGAUUGAAUGGUUCUUUUGUAAACUUUUUCGUAUUAGUUCUUAUAUUUCAUUGUGCUGAUUAUUAGCCACAA